AUGUCAAGUGUCAUAGAAAGUGGGGAUCCGUGUCUUUAUGUGGGAAAUCUCGACGAAAAAGUCGAUGAGGGUCUUCUAUAUGAGCUUUUCCUACAGUUUGCGCCUCUGCGAAGUGUGUAUAUUCCCAAAGAUAGGAUCCUACAGAGACAUCAGGGUUAUGGCUUUGUGAGAUUUUACACACUCAAAGAUGCAGUUUAUUCGAUGCAUAUGGCAAGUGGUAUUCAACUAUAUGACCGGAGUUUGAGGGUGAAACAGGCAAUAACACAGAGAGCAAUGAAAGGGAAUGGCCCAGGUUCGAAUGCACAACUCAUAAAGGACGAUAUAGGUCCAGUUGUGUACAUUGGCAAUUUGGACACGCUUGUUGAUGUUAAACUCUUGGUUCGAACAUUUAAGAAUUUUGGAAAGAUCGCACAGGUUCCCCAGCUUAUACGGACGGAUGAAAGGGAUACAUGUUAUGCGUUUAUCGUGUUUGAUAGCUUUGAGACGGCUGAUAAGGCAAUUGAGGAGAUGAAUGGCAAGAUGAUUCUUAACCGACCGGCAAACGUUAACUAUGCAUUUAAGAACGGGUCAAAGACUGAGCGCCAUGGCAAUAAGGUGGAAAGAUUGUUGUAUGAAAAGGCCAAAGAGAACCACUUCAAUGCAAUGGAGGACGAUAGUCAGCAGCUUUUGCUAAACAUUCUUGCUUCUGAUGAUACAAAAAGUGCGAAAUCCUCCAAAGGUGAAAACAUUAAUGAUCGGGGGAAAGAAUAUCAUCCUGCAAACACCGAAAGACAACAGUUCAACCACCAACAACACUCAUAUCAAGGCAGAAGACCAGCCUCUGGAUCGCAGUAUCGACGUGAUCGACGCGUCGACAAUUAUAAUCGACCCGACGAUCGGCCUAGGCAUCCGCAGUAUGGCGGGUACAAUUCUCGUGGUAGAGGUGGGUACAGGGGCUCGAGUAGUCGUGGCUACCAGGGAAAUAGGCAAAACAAUUAUAGGCAGAGGGAUGAUCGGUUUAAUGGCGGUAAUAGUGAAAGUAGAGGUGGUUAUCACUCAGAUAGAAGAUACGAUCGAUAUUGA